ACUUUGUGCAGUGUUUAGUUAAUCUGCGGAACUCCCUCCUGUAGGAAAUAUCAACAGAUAAUAAUAGCCAGUUGUGAACCACCCUGUGAACUUUGGAUGAAGGGAGGUAUACAAACUAAUUAAACAAAUAAUAUUCCUAAGCUUCUUAAUAAGCUGAAAAACACACUGAUAUUUUACUCUGCUGAAAGGCUUUCCGUCCGCUUGUCUCGCACACGUGGGUCAGGAGGUUUACAUUUUAAUUACAGAUUUGCUCCCUUCCAAAUUCCAACACCUCAUACAGGAGACAACGUAGAUGGUUUUUAAAAGAGGACAAGGGAAUUUCAUGGAGGAGGAGAGGGCUACUGACGGCUACUAACCAGGAUGGCUUCCAAAUCCCAGUUGCUGGAAGCCACGAGAGUGGAGAAAGCACUCUUGUGUUUCAAUCCUGCUUGUUGAAGGGUAUUGAUGGCUAUUGGCCAUGAUGGCUGUGCUCUGCCCUCCACCGUUGGAGGGGAAAGGGCUCCUGUGCUUGCUGGCUUCCCAUAUUGGGCAUCUUCUGGCCGGCCACUGUGAGAACAGGAUGCCGGGGCAGAUGGGCCACUGGCCUAGCCAAGCAGGCUCUUCUUAGACUCCUACAGCACAUCUCAAAAACUACACAUCGGAGAAUCACUUGCCAAUCUCAGCAGCCUUUUGCUGCCCCCGCUCCCCCUGGGAAACAGAAAUGAAGAGAAAGUUAGAGAUGAGAGAAGACUUUCACUUCUCAAAUGACAGCACAGUCAAGGGAGGGUUUCUACUCAUGCAUGGCUGACCCCACCUGGUCUCCACAAGUUUCAGCAGAGACCAAGUGACUUCCCAGUGGGUUGAGGGCUUCCUCCCCACUCCCUCCAAAGUACCAUAAAUCACUCUCGGCCGCUGCGAGAGCAGUGACCCGGGUUCUCCCAUCCCCAGGAUGUCUCAGGGUGUGACCUACGCUGACCUGAGAUUCGGGAAGGUUCCUCUGGAGAAGAUCCAGUGGCAAGGUACUGUGAGACUUUCUGUCCAGACCUCCAACUCCUUUCCGGGCCGGGCCUCACCCCGAUCUCCUUUUCCAGAGACAACUGAGGAGGAGCUUUCCUACGAGAAUGUCCAGGGGCCCAGGCCUGAGGAAGAAAAGGCCCCAAGCAGCUUAGAGCCUGCAAAAGGGCCGAGACGUCAAACCUACUACGCUGCUGUGGCCCUCCUGGCUGCCUCCCUCUUCUUCUUUGCCACCACUGUCGGAUUCGCAGUCCGUUACUGGCAGGUCUCCCGGCAGCUCCACGAGGCUUCCCAAGCCCAUGCGGCAAACAGCAGCACCUUGGCCCAGAGGAUCAGAACCGAGGAGGAGAGCCUGGCUCAGGCCCGGGAGAUGCUACGAGAGGCCGAGGCGGGACUCGAGCUCGCCGGGGAAGAGCUGAGGCAAGCAGAGAGCAACCAGACCCUCCUGCGGCAGGACAAGGGCAGACUGGAAGAGAAAAACCUGGAGAUGGAGACCAAUCUGACUCACGCCAGAUCAUGCCAGCAGAUCGGCUGCUGCCCCCCUCAGUGGAAGCUCUUCCGAUGGACAUGCCUGUGGGUUUCAACGGAAAAGAGGACUUGGUGGGAAAGCUUCUUUGACUGUGUGAGGAACGGAUCCCUGCUGCUUGUUUUGAGAGACCCCUGGAGUGCUGAGGAGCUGCAGCGUUCCCAAGUCUUAAUGAACUCUCUGCGUUCAACGCCACUUUGGAUUGGACUAAAAGGAGUAAAGGCAUGGGUGGAUAACACAUACUAUUCAGG